AUGACUAAGGGUGAAUGCUGCAGCAUUUUUGCAGGGCCAGCUUUGAUUAUUGCAUCAUGUCUGAUCCAAGUGGUCCUUGGCUACAGCUAUAGGAACUGCAUUGAGGUUUUCUUGUCCCAGCACACUGCCUUCAGGUGCAUGCACCGUCAGUCAAAGAAUAUUACCACCUUUGUGGAGGACUUACCACCUACAGCAGCUAUUCUCAACAUAUCUCACAACACACUUUCUGAGGUUCCUCCAUCCACUUUUGCUCACCUCCAAAACCUCACUCAUCUUAAUCUGGAUUGUAACAAAAUAUCAGACAUAAAAGAGGAUGCUUUCAAUGAUCUGCAUCAUUUGAAAAGUCUUAACCUCUCCAGCAACAAUCUGACCAGAUUUCAUCCAGGGACCUUUAAAAGUCUCUACACACUAACUGAGUUGUUCUUAAGUGAUAACAAGCUGCAGAGUCUUCCUCCAACCAUUUUUUAUGGAACCAUUUUUCUGCAAACUCUAAUAGUCCGAAGAAACAACUUCACCAACUUUUCAGCAGUGGUUGAGUCUGUGACAGAAUUGACACAUCUGACUAGGCUGGAUCUGAGCUACAAUAAACUACAGUCUCUUGAGAAUUCUGCAAACCUUCCACCAUCACUUCAGGACCUGUGUCUAAGUAACAAUGAGCUUAUCACCUUAGGGUGUCAGCCUGGGUUCUUCAGCAGAAUCUGCGUGUUGGAUCUUUCUAAUAAUCCACAUCUUUCCUCAAAAGAUUUCAAGGGCUUAAACUUGAGUGAAAUCACAUUUCUCCACCUGCAAUUAACUAAUGUAACUGUGCCAGAACUUCUCAAACUUGCCCCAUCUCUAAAUCCUGCACAUGUUGACUUCUCAGGGCUAAAUCUAGGCCAGAAAAACAACUCCAUGUUCAGAACCUUGUGCUGGUUGCUGAGAAACUCAUCAACAGAUAUGCAUAUGAUGGUGCUCCAACUCAAUGGUAUUCAAUAUUUGCAGAACAGGCUUUUCUUUAAUUGUUCUAAUCUGACAGACUCUUUGGAUCUUUCUUAUAACAGUUUGAGGAGUGUGGGUUGCCUUGAGUUUCUUGAGGGUCAAUAUUGGCUGCAGAGUAUUACUGUAGAACACAAUCUUCUGUCAGAGCUAAACUCCUGCAACGGCGAGUCUCCUUCAUUUCAUCGUCUUACAGAAUUUAACUUACAGUAUAACUACAUUCAGAGGGUAAAUGAAUUUGCAUUUGCACAUACUCCAGGUUUAAAGACUCUCAAACUCAACAUCAACUCAAUUGCCAUUUUGCAUCCUAAAGCAUUCUGUCAUCUUACUAAGCUCACCACACUUCGCCUAGACAAUAAUUUACUGACGUAUCUCUAUAAUGACAGCUUUAUUGAUUUGCACAGCUUGAAAACACUCAACUUGCGCAAUAACCGAAUCUCUGGGAUUUUCAAGAAUACCUUCCAGUCUCUAAAAAGCCUCAUUAUCCUGGAUCUUGGAGGGAACAGAAUUACCAAAUUCAAAGAAGGGGCAUUCACUGGACUUAAAAGCCUCACAAAUAUUUACCUUGACAACAACCGUCUCACAGCAAUAGAAAUUCAUAGUUUUGCAAAGCUCUCUUCCACUCUGAAAGUUCUAGACCUACAGUACAAUAAGAUUAGGUACCUGACAAAAAGGACAACCUGUCCUUUUGCCAAUUUCUCCAAGCUGAAAGAUCUUAAACUGGAUGCACAGCAGCCUUAUGGCAUAACACUUCUACCUGAUGCUUUCUUCUCUGGCCUGCGUUCGCUUACAUACCUCUCCCUUAGAAACAACCACAUCUCUAGAUUUGGAUCAACCACCUUUGAUGACCUGUCCAGCUUACAGUAUCUUACUCUUGACAACUCGGGUGUUGGUGUGAAGCCGCUACCACCAGGUAUCUUCAAAAACCUACAGAAUCUGACAUUUUUAGGAACAGAAAACAUGGGGAUUGAGUCCUUUUCAGAGCAUGUGUUUGGAAAUCUAACAUCACUGAACAGAUUGCAAUUGAAUCAGAAUGUCAUGUCAGCAAUUGACCCUGUUGUUUUUGAGAAACUUCCUAAUCUGACAUACCUUGAUCUGAGGAAUACCCCACUCACCUGCACCUGCCACAACAGUGACCUCCAGAACUGGACCAAUACGAACCAGAGAGUGCAGAUAGUCUACUUGUAUAACAUGAGAUGCCCCGAUCUGUCUAAUUCAAGUUUUUACAAUUUUGACACCAAGGUGUGUUAUCUGGACAUUGGCGUUUACCUUUUUGUCUCAACAAGUAAUGUGGUGUUUCUACUGACAAUAUUACCUCUUCUUUAUGUUAAACUCUACUGGAAGCUGAAGUACAGCUAUUAUGUCUUUCGGUCGUGGUUCGGGGAACAAUGGCGUCGGCUGCGUGAUGCGGAAGAGGAGUGCAAAUACGACGCCUUCAUCUCCUACAAUUCAGCGGAUGAGGAGUGGGUGCUGAAGGAGCUGGUGCCAAACCUUGAGGGCAAAGACUCACUUCUCCGACUCUGCCUCCAUCACCGCGACUUCGAGCCCGGCCGCUACAUCGUGGACAACAUUGUGUCGGCCGUGUACAAAAGCCGCAAGACCGUGUGUGUGGUGAGCCAGCACUUCCUGCGCAGCGAGUGGUGCUCGCUUGAGAUCCAGCUGGCCAGCCACCUCCUCUUCCAAGAGCUCCGCGACGUGCUUGUGCUGGUCUUCCUGGAGCACAUCCCCGAGAGGCAGAUCUCCGCCUACCACCGCAUGCGGAAGGUCAUGCUGAAGAAGACCUACCUCCAGUGGCCCGGAUCCAACUGCGCCGACCCGGCCCAGGCCCAAGAGCUCUUCUGGGUCCAACUGAGGAGGGCUCUGUGGAGCAGCGGCAGCAGAGGCCUGGCCGAUGUGGAGGAUCGUGCUGGGGAGGAAGACACGUUCAUGGGAGAAGAGUGUCAAGUGAAUCAGCCGCAGACAGAUAAUGGGAGGAAUUUGAUUCUUUUGUGAAGAGUUUCUGCUAUGAAUGUG